AAUGCCUGUAGAGAGACGCUUCUUUUAUGAAAUAACUGGUGAAAGAGCUCGUGAACUUUUAUUUUUAUAUGGAUCUAAUGGAGAGUUUAUUGUUCGUCCAAGCGAAUCGAGUGCUUCUGAUUAUACUCUGUCUAUCCAUCGUGGAACUCGAGUAACUCACGUCAAAAUUGUGCAUAAUCCUCUUUCCAAAACUCUUCGUUUACCCUCUGGACAUGACUUUUAUUCAGUUGAAGCUGUUGUACAAUUUCUGGAGGCUAAUCCAAAAGUGUUGACUGAAGCAGAUGGUUUAAGUAUUGAAUUGACUAAACCUGCUCAAUUACCUAUUGCGGAGACUGUUGUGAAUGUUGGAAGUGAUCGCUUUUUUCAUAUUGCUACAAGUGGACAUGAGGCAGAAGCAUUAUUAAAAGACGAACCUUGUGGAACUUAUCUUGUUAGAGAAAGUUGCAGCAAUGAAGGCGAAUUUGCUUUAUCUGUUCGUAGCAAUACUGACAAAGUUGUCCAUGUCCGGAUAUCUCAUAAGAAUGGAAGAUUUUGUAUUGUUCCCAAAGACAAUUUCCGAACAUUGGCGGGACUUGUUGAAAAUUAUAUUCGACUGCCGAUGGUUCAGAAUGGUGGAAGUGCUGUAAAACUCAAAACUCCACUCCCCUCAACCAGAUUUACCGCUGCCACAAUUGAUGAUCGUAUAGAUUGUUUAUUGAAACCAUCAAAGAAGCAUGGGGCUAAAGAUGAAUUUGCUGAAGAAUUUGAGAACCUCCACCGUCAUGAGGAAGAUUCUCAACUCUUUAUUAGCUGCAAAGAAGGUAGAAAGGCAGAAAAUGUUCGCAAAAAUCGUUAUCGAAAUGUUGUUCCGUUUGAUCACACACGUAUAAGACUACAACGUUCACCUUCUUCAAAUAAUGGAUGUGCUGGUGGAGGAGGGAAACUUUUAGUAAAUAAUGAUUAUAUAAAUGCAAAUUAUGUUGAGAUUCCUUUGGACACGAAACGCUAUCCUGAGUUUGCUGACUUUAAACGACGUUAUAUUUCAACUCAGGCAAAUGGUUUGGCAAGAAAACUCAUUACUUAUUGUUAUGGUUACAAAAGAAGUGGAAAGAGGACGAUUAUUUUCAAGGUAAAGUGUUAUCGUUAUUGGCCAGAUCUGGAGGAAGAAUUUAAUUAUGGGAAUUUAAUUGUUAAAACUAUCGAGGAAACUAAAAGUGAUGAUUAUAUGCGUAGAGUAUUUGUUUUGAAAAGAAAAAAGGAAGGGAAUAAGGCUAAUAAUGAAGCAAAAACUGCUGCCUCUUCAGCCUCGUCAUGUAAAGAAGAACAAGAAGAAAUUCACCAAAAAGACGAAAAAGAAGAAGAACAAAAAUUAAUUUAUCAUUUUCAAAUACUUAGUUGGGAAGAUAACGAUGCUUGUCCUGUUGAAUCUGUUUUAAAUUUUUUGGAUGCGGUCAAUGAAUGUGAAAAAAAUGAAAUUGGAGGAGUUAAGAAUAAAAUGAAUAAAAAGUCGAAAAUUGGACCGACAAUUGUGCAUUGCAGUGCUGGAAUUGGUAGAACAGGAACUUUUUUGGCUUUGGAUAUUAUAAUUAAUAGAAUUAAACAAAAAGUUAAAAUGCUUCGUGAACAGCGGGCAACAAUGGUACAAACAGAAGCUCAAUAUCGGUUUAUUUUUCAUGUAAUCUCUGCUUUUAUGCGAGCAUAUAGAAGUCAAUUUCAAUUGACGUACAAAAAGACAAAUAGCGUUGAAGGACCUCAUCGACCCUAA